CAUGCGGGCGGCCCGCGCCCCCCGCCGCCUGCAGCCCGGGCCCCCGGCCGAGCGCCAUGGAGCUGAACGCGGGAGGUGUGAUUGCCUACAUCAGUUCUUCUAGCUCAGCCUCCAGCCCUGCCUCCUGUCACAGUGAGGGUUCCGAGAGCAGCUUCCAGUCCUCCUCUUCUGUUCCAUCUUCUCCCACUAGCUCAAAUUCUGACGCCAACGGCAAUCCAAAGAAUGGGGAUCAGUCCAGCAUUGAGAGCAUCCUAAAGAGUGACCGGGGAGAUUGUCCUGUGAAGUCCAGCAAGCCCAGUGUUCCUGGCAUGACAAAGAGUCACAGUGGUUUGACAAAAUUUAGUGGCAUGGUUCUACUGUGUAAAGUCUGUGGGGAUGUGGCGUCAGGAUUCCACUAUGGAGUUCAUGCUUGUGAAGGCUGUAAGGGCUUCUUUCGGAGAAGCAUUCAGCAGAACAUCCAGUACAAGAAGUGCCUGAAGAACGAAAACUGCUCCGUCAUGAGGAUGAACCGGAACCGCUGUCAGCAGUGCCGCUUCAGAAAGUGCCUGUCUGUGGGCAUGUCCAGAGAUGCUGUUCGGUUUGGUCGGAUUCCUAAGCGUGAAAAGCAGAGGAUGCUGAUUGAAAUGCAAAGUGCGAUGAAGACCAUGAUGAACAGCCAGUUCAGUGGUCGCCUGCAGAAUGACCCCUCAGGAGAACAUGAGGAGCAGACGACCUUAGUGCACGAGCAGCUGCGGCCCAAGCCCCAGCUGGAGAAGGAGAGCGUCAGGGGCUCCCCUCCUCCCCCCUCUGAUUUCGCAAAAGAAGAAGUGAUUGGCAUGGUGACUCGAGCCCACAAGGACACCUUUCUAUAUAAUCAGGAGCCGCGGGAGAGCUCAACUGAGAACAUGCAGCCCCAAAGAGGAGGCAGGAUUGCGAAGAACAUGGAGCAGUAUCAUUUGAGUCUCGACUGCUGUGGCAAUGGGCUUGGCCACAGGGCCUGUAGUGAGAGCCAACCGCACCUCAGUGGACAGUACAAAGGGAGGAACGUCACGCAUUACCCCAGUGGGCAUGCCAUUUGUCUUGCAAAUGGACGUUGUGUGAACUUCUCCAGUGCUUACACUCCAAGAGUGUGUGAUAGAGCUCCAGUAGAGGGGGGCUCUCGGAACGAGAGCAGUAGUUACCUGUGCAGCACUGCAGGGAGGAUGCAUCUGGUUUGCCCAAUGAGUAAGUCUCCCUAUGUGGACCCUCAGAAGUCGGGGCAUGAAGUCUGGGAAGAGUUUUCCAUGAGCUUUACCCCAGCAGUGAAAGAAGUGGUGGAAUUUGCAAAGCGUAUUCCUGGAUUCCGAGACCUCUCUCAGCAUGACCAGGUCAACCUUCUAAAGGCUGGGACUUUUGAGGUUCUAAUGGUUCGAUUUGCCUCAUUAUUUGAUGCAAAGGAGCGGACUGUUACCUUUCUCAGUGGCAAGAAGUACAGCGUGGAUGACUUGCACUCAAUGGGAGCAGGGGAUCUGCUCAACUCUAUGUUUGAAUUCAGUGAGAAGCUGAAUUCCCUCCAGCUCAGUGAUGAGGAGAUGAGCUUGUUCACUGCUGUCGUCCUUGUAUCUGCAGAUCGGUCUGGAAUUGAAAAUGUGAACUCUGUGGAAGCAUUGCAAGAAACGCUCAUUCGUGCACUAAGGACCUUAAUAAUGAAAAAUCACCCAAACGAGGCCUCCAUUUUUACAAAACUACUUCUCAAGUUGCCAGAUCUUCGAUCUUUGAACAACAUGCACUCCGAGGAGCUCUUGGCCUUUAAAGUUCACCCGUAAGGCCUUGUUCAUUUGAACGUGAACUGGCGCUCACUGUACAUCUUACGCCAGCUGCUUAUUUACAUGUGUGUACCUGUGUGGAGGUAGAGAAGACCUUGCAGACCAUACCAGAUCGUAGGCUGGCUCGCAACCAUACAGCGGCUACUUGGAUGGGGACUCAUUGCCGGGAUCGGACACUGACUCCAUCUCCCCAGUGACCAGUCAGCUGUGUUGCACUUAGACUGGAGAAGCUGCAUUGAACAUCGUCACACUGAAUGUUAGACUUUCUCAUCUGCCAAAACCAAAUAUCCACUUUGAUCUCCCUGGGGUAGGAGUAGACCAGGCACAGUGCAGGAGGACUCAGGUCAAGCCUCUGUGGCAGUUCUGUUCGGUUGUCAACUGGCAGUCAGAGGUUCUGGGAGCUGGAGGUCUCCACAUGGCUCAUUGCAAUGUCAGCAUGUGACCCUGCCAUGACUGGUUGUGAAAAACAAGAACUGCUAAUGUCCCCAAUAUUCCCUUCACAGGUGUACUAAACAUGUCCAUAGAGCAUCUUUACCUCCCGGGAGAUAGGCACUAUGUAUAUAUGGUGACAUUUUUAUUAUCAUCGCUCAUGCUGUUCUUUUCUUACUUCUAAGCAUUUCUGGGAAAACAUUUCACAGUCCACACCGAUCUGUUGUUCAGGGUUCCUGCAUAAGCGUGGGGUAUCCCACUGAUGACAUAUAUUCCAAUUUAUGUCAGAUCACAUACGUUGUAUGUGUACAUAGUAUGAAUGUGAACAUAGUUAUACAUAAGAUCCUUCACAAUAUUUUAAACUGUGAAGAACUUUAUCAUAAAACAAACUGAAAAACAAGAGGUGUUAAAGGACCCAAAUUAGGUGCAUUUUACCUGCUGCUGCUGCAUAAUCACUGCUUUACAAUGUUUAGCCCAUAGAAUAUUGAAUUUAUGCUCUAUUUUUGUUUAAACAACACUUAAUGUAAAAGUGCAAUGGGUAGUCAAGUCCAGAUUUCAAAGAAUAUGUAUUUUAGAGUACAUCUUUGAUAACACCUGUAGUUGUACGUACUAGUUGUUUAAGGUUGACUCUGAUUCUUACCUUGUGCUAAAACUGUGUCACUGCUCCUUACAUGCUGCAGCUGGAAGGUGAGUGUUGGAAUUCCUUCUGGAGAGUGGAUUCCUGCUUGGGGAAACUGUUUACCCUGUUGGCAUGUGUGCGUGCGAGCAUGCAUGCAUGUGUGUUCUGAGUCCACUUUGUUUCUUUCCCUAAUAACAGUACAGGAAUUUUUUGUCAAAGUAGAUUUAAUCCAUAAUUUGAAAAAUCAUUUAGAGUAUGACCUAUAGACCUAGACAUACAGUGGUCAUAGACUUGUUAUAUACAAGUCUAAUAAUGGGCUUCAUUAAAUUGAUGGAUAAGCCUGUUUUUAGCAGCAGGAGAAGUAGCCCAUAUUGAGGAUGUCACGUAUCUGUUUUUCCCCCUGAAAGAUUGCAAUGAAUUGGAUUUCUUGGGUAAUGAUUAUUUUCUUUAUAAUGUUUGCAUUAUAUGAAAAUGUUAAGUGUCCAGAGCUCACUUUACUGUACCAGGCUGUUACUUUCAUGACGUGAGUGGAAUGCCUUAUUUUGUAACUUUGUUUAACUUGCUGCUACUAGGAUCUGAAUUUCUGUGGCACUAGUUAAGUAAGUCCAAGAAAGAUGAGCCCUCACUGUAAAGAAGAAAGGCGACCAUGAUGUCUGUAAUGCAGUUGAAACCAUACUUGUGGUUUACCUUAGGAGGUACGACUUUUAUGGGUUAUACAGUUAGUUAUUGUGAAUUCUUUACAUGAUAACAUUAUGUUUUAAUAAUUUUUUCUUAAGACAAAUGCAUAGUUUUUUUUCUAUGGGGGAAAGAACGAGCUUUUUGAAGUAACAUUGAAACCCUCAAAGAUUGUGUUGUUUCUUCAGUUUUGCCUUCUGCAUAAGCGUCUUUUUAAUGUGUAUCUUUAAAGUAACUCUUUAGGGCUGCAGAGCCAAAACUAUGUUAUUUAACUAUGUUAUGGCGUAUAAAACUUGAGUUAGGUUCAACAUAUACAUGUAUACAUUCAUAGAUAGGUAUAUACAUUUUGUCUUGUAAAAUUUUAUUUGAAUAAUUCUUGUAGAUAAUGGGAACCAAAAUUAGUAGUUCAUAUGCCACUCUUAGUAUUUCUGGAUUUGAAAUUAGCCCAGAUAUGAAAGUUCUAACUAUCAAAUUAAACCAGCAGCCUAAUACAAGCACAUUCUUUUUAUUGAGUCAUGGUUAUAGACUAAUGACAUCAACCAGUUAGGGAACAUCUGAGUCAGUGGGACACUGUUGAUUAAUUAAUAUGUACUGUGUGGAUUAAGUGAAGCUUUAACUCUGAUUUCUCAAUUUAAAAUUAAAAUAUGGGCAUUAUGUCAGCAGACUUAAGGGCAUUAUGUCAGCAAGCUGACCUCUCCCCCUAUGCUUUUGGUAUAUCUUCACAUGAUCGCAAAGAGAGGGUUCCAGCUUCCAGAGAGAAAUAGCUGAGGGCAGGGGAUGAAGCUUGUUCUCAUGGUAAUGGUAUAAUUACAGAUUGAGAGAUCAGAAGGAAAUGCUAGUGGAUUAAGUGUAUAGCUUUCAUGUCAACAUUUCCAGAAGACCAUUGUACCUUGGUAAGGAAUGCUGUGUAGUAAGUAUAGUUGCAAAGCCAGGCUUAGAAGCUCAGCUAGACGCAUUCCUGUGCACGAGAGGAGCACCUGUCUUAACUCUUCUUUUCAUUUCCAAUAUAAUGUUUGCUGAAUGUACAAGAAGAGUUUAUCACUUAGGACAAUAGGAUUUUUUAGGGGCUGGGGAGGGGCUAUGUUAGGGAACCAUUAUCUAUAAAUGAAGAUAGUUGAUUUGAUGCAAAAAAUUAAGACUCAAAACUGUUCUUGAGCCAACAUGGAAAAAUAAGAUGGGUGUUAAAAACAUUAUCGAAAUGUGUUGUUAACAGGAUAUGAAUUAAGUUUAUUUUCUAUGACCUGUAAUCAGGGAGGACAUGGGAAAUACUGACAUGUUCCUGUGAAGUGAUCUGUACAUGGGCGGGAGGGUGUAAUAAAUAUUAUUUCUAACCAGCA